AAAAAAAAUAAACAAUUUUUUUUCUUUAUUUCUUUCUCUUUCUCCUUUAAUAUGUCACAACUAUUACCUUUAGAACUUAUUGACAAAUGUAUUGGCUCAAAAAUCUGGGUUGUUAUGAAAAACGAAAAAGAGUUUUCUGGAAAGCUAUUGGGUUUUGAUGACUAUGUUAAUAUGGUGUUGGAAGAUGUGACAGAAUUUGAGAACACAAAGGAAGGAUACAAGACACAAAAAUUGGAACAAAUUCUUUUGAAUGGAAACAACAUUUGUGUUCUGAUACCGGGUGGUUCUGGUCCUCUUUAAACGUAAAGAAUAAACCGACU